AUCUUUCCUGUUUGUCUUAGUCCAUCUUUGUCUCUAUAUAGAGUGGUGCAGACAUAAUCUAUUUCACAUCCUAUAACAAAAAAUAAAAGAAGCUUAAUUACAAUGGCUCACGCAAUGCUCCUCCCUCUACUGUCCUUGCUAGUUCUUGCAGUUAUGCAUGGAACCAAUGCAGUCACAUACAGUGUCACCAACACGGCCGAAUCGACCCCGGGUGGUCAGAAAUUCACCAACGAAAUCGGAUCAGAUUACACCACACAAACCAUGUCGUCCUCCACGGACUUCAUAUGGAGGCUCUUCCAGCAGAACACUGAGGCCGACAGGAAGAACGUGGCGCAAGUGAGUUUAUUCAUCGACGAUAUGGAUGGAGUUGCCUACACUAGCAACGACGAAAUUCAUGCGAGUGCACAAUACAUUCAGGAUUACAGCGGCGAUGUGAAGGGUGAGUUCACAGGAGUACUUUAUCACGAAAUGACGCACGUGUGGCAAUGGAGCAAUGGAGCUCCCGGGGGAUUGAUUGAAGGGAUUGCGGAUUAUGUGAGGCUUAAGGCGGGAUAUGCGCCGAGCCAUUGGGUGCAGCCAGGGGAGGGUGAUAAGUGGGAUAAGGGCUACGAUGUGACGGCUCGGUUCUUGGACUAUUGUAAUAGUCUCAGCAAUGGUUUUGUGGCUGAGCUUAAUAAGAAGAUGAAAGAUGGUUAUAGUGCCGACUUCUUUGUUCAGCUCCUGGGAAAAACAGUGGAUCAGCUGUGGAGUGAGUACAAGGCCAAGUAUCAGACUUAAUUAGAUAUCUUUCACAUGAGUGGUUACAUGAAGACUGCACGGGGAUGUAAUAUUUACACGCUUACAUAUUCGUUGAUAAAUAAGUUUACUAAACAUUUUAUAAAUAAGUUGUUAUGGUUCCUAAUUAUCAGUUGACUGGUGUAAUUUCCAGAUCAUUGUUCUUAACUAUAUUUAUAGACAUGGAUGCCUACAGUGUGAUGAG